AUGGCUUCCGCAAACAAAAUUUUGAUGCUUUUGGUCCUUAUCACCGUCCUGUUUGCAACUUUAGCAACCUCCACGCCAAUCCCGGACCUUGACAAGAGAGCGCCCGUUAUGCACGUUUCUGCGCCACGAUCUGGUUUCUUUUGGGCUCAAAAAUCUUUGCAAAAUGUUAGCUGGUGGUGCACCGAAUGCAAAGCUACAGAUGGUGUAAAGAUUAAGAUCAUCUGCAAUGGUAAAUCGGCAUUUUCUACAACUGGUAACAAUGCAAAUACUGGCCAAAAGGACAUUAAAGUCGAUCCUGCGUGGGCCCCUGAGGGCGCUAGUUGUUCAGUCAAAGUAGUUCUUAAAAGUAAUUCUAACGUUUUUGGAACGAGUAAUGGGUCAGUUAUUAUUGUUAAGACUCAAGAGUAA